AUGUCGUGGCUAUGGGAUUGGUUUUCCGGCGUCUUGAACUUCCUCGGGUUGGCAAAGAAAAGCGGAAAGUUGGUAUUCCUUGGCCUGGACAAUGCCGGUAAAACUACACUCCUCCACAUGCUCAAAGACGACCGGAUGGCUCAACACGUUCCCACGCUUCACCCUACGUCUGAGGAGCUCUCACUCGGCGGGAUGCGCUUCACCACCUUUGAUCUCGGAGGCCACGCUCAAGCGCGUCGUGUCUGGAAAGAUUAUUUCCCGGCUGUUGAUGCAAUCGUCUUCCUCGUCGAUUGUGCCGAUCACGAGCGAUUCGUGGAGAGCAAGGUCGAGCUUGAAAGCUUGCUGCGUGACGAACAGGUGGCUGCUUCACCGAUCUUGAUUCUUGGAAACAAAAUCGACAAACCGAAUGCCAUCAGCGAAGAUCAGCUGAAGUGGCACCUCGGCGUCCAGCAUCUCUGCACCGGCAAAGGAGAAGUGGCCCGUGGCGACUUGGCCUCCCGUCCGUGUGAAGUCUUUAUGUGUUCGGUUCUUCGGCGUCAGGGUUAUGGAGAAGGUUUCCGGUGGCUGGCACAAUACCUUGAC